GCUGCGUGUUUGGACAUGUCAUCUCCUUAUCUCUUCAAACUGGCUGCUCUCUCUCCCGGGAAGAAAGGGGGAAAGUCAGAAAGUGGGUGGUCCUUUGCACCGUUCCCCAUCGCCCUCAUUGUUUCUGACAGAGGGAGAAAGAUGGCAGCUGUUUUGCUGUUGCUGCUGAGCGCCGGAGCCUUGCUCUGCUCCUGCAAUGCACAGGAGAACAAUUACGAUAGGCUCUCUGAAUCCCUCAAGAAAGGAGUGGACCUGGCCCUGGAGAAGCUCCACUCUCAUUCUGGAAUCCAGCAUCACUUUCUCUUCCUCAGGACUGUCCUCCAGUCGGACAUUCAGCCUGGUUUCGACGCGAUGUACAUCUACCACCACUUCUACCUCAAAGCCACCAACUGUCCCAAGGGAACCGUCGACUCCACGGGCUGUCAGUUCAGAAACGACAGGCCGCUGAUAGACUGCGCAGUCUGUUACAAAACGUACAGAGACCAGAUCGAGCAGGAGCCCAAACCGUACGUUCACUGUGUCCACAAAAUGGCCCUCACGCAGGAGAUGAGGACGACCAGAGUGGAGCACUGCAACCGGGUGGGCUACAGCAGUGGAUCCCCAACCCUCCUGGCAUCAACAGGAACAGAGUGAUCCUUUGGGUGACCCGUGUAGAAUCCAAUGUGACGCCCAUCAGCGUUUCUCUGUCCUGCUUUGGAGCCGCUUCAAUCAGCACUUCAAGCUAAAAGCACACGUGUUAUUGUUAGCUGUUCAUCAUUUCUGACCACAUCUGAGUGAGAUCUCUGCGUCACAUCUUCAGCAGUUCAUGCAAAAAGAUAAAUAGCGUGCUGAAUUUGUUUUACAGGAGUGUCAAUAAAGUUGAAUGUGUGGGGAAUCACAAGCUUCA